CAUGCAGACCAACCCUCCACCUGUUGUGAAAUAAUACCCCCCAAUCCAGAGGCUCAGCUUCAUAUUAGAAUUUUUGUUAAUAUGGAACAAAUAAAGUUGUUUUCCUCAACUUUGGUUAAUUUGGCUCUCUCUCUCUCUCUCUUUUCAUAAAGCAACACCACUAGAUUUUCUUUUUCCUGUGGUGACUGUAGACACACAAAGACUAACCAAAAUAAGAUCACAAAUCAAGAGAAGGGUAUAUAAAUGAUCCUUAAGCUCUUCUCUGAACAAAACCAUGAGAAGACUUAAGUGUCUGCACUGUUUUUAAAUAAAAAGGCCUCUUGAUGAUUACAUUGAGGUCAAUACAUUCUUAAAAGUAUACAAGCGGGACUAGUUUAUUCACAUUGUUGUUGAUGCUUUGUAAUACAAAUAUUGCAAGUCCACCAACUAUAUUGAGCUUGCAUUGCUUUAUGGUUAGACUCUAAAUUCAAAAUGAACUGUCACAUCCCAAUUAAGGUUUUCAUUAUUUAGUCAGGCCUGUACUGUUUUGGACAGUUGUAUCCUUUUGCACUUUAGUGUUUCCUUUUGGAAGGAGGAGGGGAAAAGCUGGGAAUAAGUGAGCUAUUUAUAGCCAGUGAAUCGCAGUUUGGGUUUGCAUUUUAACUAACUGAAUUGGGAAUAAGUUGCAGCACUACUAUAUUUGGCAAUGAGUGGGUGUUAAGAGUGGUCAGUCAUUCUUGGAAACCAGGAAUCUCGGUUUUUGAUGUGCUGAGGUCACUUGAUAAAGCUAAGAACUUACAAUUGUAUAUCCAGCAUUGGUUACAUUAUUCUUGUGAAGUCCACACUCAUCUGUUCAGCUGCACAGUGGAUUGUAGCAUCAUGACUGAUGUGUUGACAAAAAAUCAAUAGGAAAUAAAUAGGUUUGUGUGUACAGUUAUGUUCAGUGAACUGAAUGAGUUGACUGGAGUCCUGCCUCAGGCCACAGAUUAAGUGCUGUGUGAGGAAGUGUGGCGUCUUUUUGGCUGGUGAUGAAAUUAAUGCAUACAGCUGUUUAAAAAAAAAAGUUAUGAACGUUAUGAUCAUUUUGGAGGUUUGUACUGCAGUUAACAUACAAGCAAACUCUAGGGGACUAUUACAGCAAUACUGAAGCCCACAGCCUUGAUGAUGGCAGUACUUACUGCAGUGCUGCUGAAUUAGACUAUAUUGUUUUAAGACAGAUGUGCCCAACGAGAUGCCAAGGGAGUGUAUAUCAUUAUAGUAAAUGACAGGCUGUGGAUGAGGUCUAUCUGUGGCCAAAAGCUUUUGGGUAUUGAAAAUAAAUCUGCAGCUGACGAAAACCAGACCUAAUGCUUGCCAAAGGUUCCUGCUUCUAACAUCAUGUACCACCUACACAGUUUAACCUCAGCGGACAAAGUGAUGUAAUAAAUAAAGUGGAAAAACACGAGUUACAAACCAGGACAGUCAGAGUGGACAUCGGCGCAUUUCACCUCCUUUCUGAUCAUUUUGAGUCCUACUACUAGUUUGACUGGGUUUCGGAUUCACUUGUAUGUCUGAGGGUGGUGGUGGACAAACAGUGGCUGAUAGAGGGGGAGAAUGAACGAGAGAGGGCUCGCGCUCCCUCCCUCCCCCUCUCUCCUCUCGAGCGCACCGACUGUGACUCCGCUCCCUCUCUCCUACAUUCAAACAUGGCGAAACUCUUUGCCAUUAUACCACCACCGUCACCCUCACCUUUCUCCAGUCCAUCGCUGUCAUCACCACCAACGCCAUCACCAUCUUCGCCACCAUCGUCACCGUUAUCUCCGGUAGCGUGAUGACCCGCGAGGAUGGAGAAGUUGUCGGCGAGCCUGUCGGAGAUCACUUGGAGCCCGUUGGCGCUGCCGCUGGACGCGGUGGUCAGCAAGUUCCGUCUGCCCACUCUGGUCCGCCUGGCCCACGGUGAAUGUGUGGAGGGUCUGUCAGAGGACGAUGUGGUGCUCUUACACUCCUGCCGUCAGUGGACCACAGUGACGGCCCACAGCUUAGAGGAGGGUCACUAUGUAAUUGGUCCCAAAAUUGACAUCCCUCUGCAGUAUCAGGGCAAAUUCAAGUUGCUGGAUGAAGACCGGGACGUCAGGGAUCCAGUCCAGUAUUUCUCUAGUGUGGAGGAGGUUGCUGGUGCCUUUCCAGACCGAGUUUUUGUCAUGGAGACGAUCACUUUCAGUGUCAAAGUUGUUUCAGGGGAAUUUAGUGAAGACAGUGAGCCCUACAGUUUCACUCUGCAGGCUGGAGAUGAGCUGUCGCUCAUGGGGAAAGCAGAGCUUCUCUGUGCCACUCCCUCAAAGGAAAAGACGGGACUGAGCGCGCUUCUUAGACGACUAGGAAAGACUCCCAGAAGUAAAACGCCCUGCCUGGUCUGCAUGAACCAUCGCACCAAUCAAAGUGUCAGUUUGCCCUUUGGCUGCCGUGGACGCUUCUGCACACGCUCUCCACUGGAGCAAGGCAUGCUGGGGGGGGAGCACACGGUGCGCAGCAUCAUCGAGAGAGUCCGCCUCCCCGUCAACGUGUCUGUGCCGUCGAGGCCGCCACGAAACCCCUACGACCGUCACGCAGUACGAGAGGGCCACCGCUACAAGCUGCUCAACAUAGUCAGCAAGACGGUGGUGCUCUGCAUGGUUCUCCGCCAUCAGGAAGUCUCCCCCUCCCACUUUUUGUUGCUGCGUUGCAUGCCCCGGUUUAAUGUGGCCGAGGCCUCAGUGCACAAAGCAGCAUUGGAGAGCCUUCUUCUGCGACAUGCAUUUGACCCAGAUGCCUACUCUCGUGCUGUUAGAGAAACUCGGCCAGAAUUGGAGUGUAUGACUGAGGAGUGUGUGAGCCCACGGCGCUCUCGCGUGUGCGUGUCGAGCCAGGACUCAUUGGCACCGGCACUGCAGCGUCUCUCAAUGUGCGGGUAUGUUGGUGGAGUCUCAGACAGCGUAUCUCAGCGCUGCAGGGACUCCCUGGGAGAGCGGCUAGGGGAGGGGCCAGGUGAGGAGAGGGAGUAUGUGACUCCUGAAUGGACUGAGGGUGAAAUGAGGACCGCUGAGGAAAUCCCUUAUGAGGAACUCUGGACCAAUCAAAAUGCAGAGGGCUUAGGAAAGGAGCCAAACCUCAUAUCCUUCCAUUCAUCUUCCUCACUGGAUGGUUCUCUUGGUACCGUGGUGACAAGAGUGUCUACCCCGCCACCUGUACCUCCAAAAUCUGAUGCUGUGAGAGAGGAGUGUCGCUAUUUGAUCGCCCCUCCAGUUCCCCCUCGUUGCUCCAAAGGAGGCUCCAUCUCCAGUCCAGCUCCCAGCCCUCCUGUUCCACCUCGCUUCCCCAAAACAUCCACCUCCCCGAGACCAAACAUCUCCUUUUACUCCUCUGGACUACAGGACAGUUGCUCCCCCUCCCCCGAUGCCUCCCUCUACUGUUACCCGUGCUCUUGGGGUGACUGCUCUGCCCCUAAUCCUACUAGUCCUGAGCCUGUCUCUGGCAUCCCUACAGACAACACAGCCAAUCCUCAGCCUGCACAAGCCACCUGGGCAGAGCCAUGGGUGGAUUCCUUCACUUCCUCUGGACUUCGACUCAGGCCGCCACCCCCACAGAGUCGAUUUGCUCCCUUUGGGGCGUUGAACCCCUUCAACCGCCAGUCCCCUUGCCCCUCGCCUGAGCCUGCUCCCAAUUCCACAACAGAUUCUUCCAGAGGCGCGGAGGGUGGUGGGACAUCAACAGGAGUCCCUGAGGGGUUGUCCCCGCUCCCUGACCCUACCUGGCGACCUCCCGCUGACCUGUCUGCUCUGUCACUGGAGGAAGUCUCAGCUUGCCUGCGGUUUAUUGGCCUAUCAGAGGCAGCGGUGUCCGUGUUCCAAAGGGAGCGAAUCGAUGGCAGCCUGCUGGUGCAGCUGACUGAAGAUAUCUUGUCACAUGACUUCCACCUGAGCCGACUCCAUGUGACCAAGAUCACACAAUUCAUACAGGGCUGGAGGCCCAAAAUCUAAUAUACACACUGUCCUGAGAAUGUGCCUGUUGGCUGCUGAGCCUCCCUGAAUGUGCCUUCCACUGUGACCAACUGGCUGCUGAGCCCAAUGAAUGAAACUGAAGGAAACUACGCCACACUGUGGUCAAACUGUAGAAUUGACACUUGACUGGCUCUAAUGCUCAAAGUCAGACUGACAUGUUUCCUGUCUGAAUCACAGUCUGGCACUAGUUUACUAACAAAUGGCUACAACAGAGAGCUCCAGGAUAAGACUGCCCUCUUUGGAACUUAAAGUCUGAUUUAAACAAUGUGUGGCGUUCACACCGUUCAACUUAGAAUUUGAUAUGCAGGGGAAAUUUCUAUCAUUUUAUUUUAAAUGAGAUUUGAUGAAUGAACAGAAUUUCAGCACUUUUUAGACACUUUAUUUAGUCAUCAAUAGGUGUUAAAUUAAUUUCAAGACAAGGUAAUUUAAGGAAUUGUAACAUUUUGACCCUAUACAGGUCAUUUAGACAUCCUUCUUUAUUCACUGAGUUUCAGUGGAAUGUAAUUGGCACAGAUAAAGUAGGAGGUUGUUGUAAAUUAAAACUACCUUCAAAAGAAAAAUGAGGAAAAUAUGAAAAAUAUCAGACCUCUGAGCAGUCAUUGACAAAAUUACUGAGGUUUUGGACUGAUUUUUUUUGGUACAGGUCAGUCUAUGCUUCGGGAGGGAUGAUAUUUUUAUUAACAGUCCCUUUAAAGGUAACAAUGAGUGUUAUAGUCAAACUCAGAAAUGGAGUUGUAAGAGUACCUCAGAUUUCUCAUCCACAUAGAUUGCUCAAAGUCCUACAAUAUCAGGAAUUGUCACCACUCAGUUUCCUUGGAAAGCUAAUAUUUCUGCCACUACCUUUGCUGCCUUUUUCACCCACUGUUUUAGAUCCAUCUGUGAGUGCUUUGUUUCUGUUAUAAUCUCUUGUAACAUCUGCAGAUGACCUAAAAUAAAGACAGAAAAGCAACAGCGAGAGAGACAGGGGAGAAUUCUUCAUUGAACUUGCUCCACCUGGCCGAGCAUGAGGUUAUCAGCACAAACCUCAUCUUCAGAUAGCAGACAUUAGAAACUGAUAAUGAAUGUAGUCGAAUUUUGUAAUAAGUUAACACAGCUACUCUUUGCUUUUCUACAUAGCAUAAAAAAGCCCAAGUUAUUAAGUCUUGGACAGAACAGCUGUGAAGUUUGUUAAAUGAAUUAAAAAGAAACUCACAUAAAAAUGUAUAAUAAAUAAACAAAAAAAAUUCUACCUAAAAUCACUGAGUCAGAAAAAUGAUAAUAAGCACAACACUUCAGUUUCUCUUCUUAGAGCAUUAAAAAUGAGAUAUUUUUACACCUUGGUAUUCAGAAGUAUUAAUUCUUUGUAGCAUAGAUUCAACAAGGUGCUGGAAAAUUUGGCUUACAUUGACAUGAUUUGUUGACUACACAUCUGUGAUGUGAAUCUCCUUUUUCACCACAUGCCAAAAAUGCCAUGAGUACAGCAAACUCAUUGGUGUGUUCAAAAACCACAGUUUGAAAUUUUUAUCCUGUUGGAAUUAGCCAUCAGAUUAAUACACUGUGCCCAUAAAGGCAUAGACAUGGUCACCAUUACACCACCAGCAGGAGCCUGAGAAGUUGUUAUGAGCCAGGAUAGAUUCAUGCUUUCAUGUUUAUGCAAAUUCUGACCCUGCCAUCUGAAUGUCACAGCGGAAAUUGAGAUUCAGGCAGAGUUUUUUCAGUCUUUUGUUAUCCAAUUUUGGUGAGCCCAUCUAAACUGUAGCCUGAGUUUCAUUUUAGCUGACACCUACUGCUGUAGCCCAUCUGCUUAAAUGUUCGACUUGUUGUGCGUUCAGGGGUUUUCUUCUGUGUACUUUGGUUGUAAUGAGUUGUUACAUGAGUUACUGUUGGUUUCCUGUCAGCUUGAAGCAUUCUGGUUGUUCUCGGACCUCUGGCACCAAACAAGGCAACUGCUGCUUAGUAGAUAUUUUCCCUUUAAAAAACAAAAACAAAAAAACAACACUACUCUGUAAAUCCUAGAGAUGGUUGUGUGGCAAAAAUCCCAAUAGAUCAGCAGUUUCUGAAAUACCCAAACCAGCCCAUCUGGCACCAACAAUCAUGCCACAUUUAGAGUCACUGUAAUCAUCUUCCUUCCAUAUUCUGAUGCUCAAUUUAAAGUUCAGGAGGUCAUCUUUGCUAUGUUUACAUGCAUAAAUACACUAAGUUGCUGUCAUGUGGUUGACUAGAUAUUUGUGUUACUGAGCCGUUGAACAAAUCUGCUAAUGUACAAAUCUGCUGAGAGAGUGGCAGAUGCCCCCCCCCCCCUCUUACCUGUGUGUUCUAUUUGAGGGGUGUAUCCUGAGGACAGUAUUGUAAUAUAACUGGCUACACUGAGGGCAAUCACAAAGCAAGAUCAUCCAAAUGAUCCAAAUAACUGACAAUGCAAUUUAUGUUGUUGUGAAUCACUACCUGUAAUUUUUUUUACUAUUAUCCCCAGAUUUGAUGGGUUUCAGCCAGGGCAAAAGCUGAAGUAAAGUUUCACUCUGAUCUACUACACUCAUGUAAUACUGAUCUACUCUGCAAUCUUGUAACUACAAAGCCACUGAAGAAAUAAAGGAGUGAUCAAAAAAAUAAA